UCCAUUUCACCUAUAUCUCCAAUUAAGAAGAAAAUGAAAUAUUUCCAGGUUCCAAUUCUGCUGAUACUGCUCAACUCUACAUUUGUGUUUACAUUUCCCUUAUCCUCUGAGAUAAAUCAGCAUGAUUUGGAUUUUGCUAAGCAAUAUCUCAUGCAAUUUUAUGACUCUUCUGAUGGUCUGAAAGCAAGUAGUAAUGAUAAUCUAAGAGCAAAUAUUAUGAAAAUGCAAAACUUCUUUGGCCUCCUAGUAACAGGUGAGCUGAAUUCUGAAACUUUAGAAAUCAUGAAGAAACCUCGAUGUGGAAUUCAGGACAGUCAAUCACUUCAGUACAAUCACUUUCCAGGCCGUAUCAAAUGGCUACAUAACAACUUGACUUAUAGGAUCAUCAACUAUAGUCCAGAUAUUACAUCAAGUGAAGUGGUUACAGCUAUCAAAGCAGCAUUCAAAGUGUGGAGCGAUGUCACACCUUUGAAAUUCAUCAGGAUUUCAAAUGGCGUAGCUGACAUAAUGAUAUCCUUCGUAUUUGCAGUACAUAACGAUGGAUAUCCAUUUGAUGGACCCAAUGGCAUUCUGGCACAUGGCUUUCCACCAGGUCCAAAUCUUGGAGGUGAUGUUCAUUUUGACGAAGCUGAAACAUGGUCAAUGGACUCAAAUGGAUAUAACUUAUUCCUGGUGGCUGCUCAUGAAAUUGGACACAUUCUAGGAAUGGCUCAUUCUCAAGACGUGGGGGCUUUGAUGUUCCCCACAUAUUCAUAUUCAAAUAUGCAAGAGUUCAGACUACCGUAUGAUGAUGUUGUGGGAAUACAGGCACUGUAUGGUUCAUCAGGUAAUCAUGACCAAAAACAUCACCCAAAGACCCCAGAGACAUGUGAUCCUUUCCUCUCCUUUGAUGCAGUUAGUACACUUCGUGGAGAAAUUAUGUUCUAUAAAGACAGGUUUGUUUGGCGUGUUGUCCCACGAAUGCCAAAUGCAAUUCUAACGCUGACCAAAUCUUUAUGGCCAGAUCUCCCGACAAAAAUUGAUGCUUCAUAUGAAAAUGUUUUUAAGGGAACUACACUAUUUUUCAAAGGAACUCAAUACUGGGCUGUCACUGGCUAUAACACUCUAAAUGGAUACCCGAAGACUAUUGCUAGUUUGGGUUUCCCGUCAGCUGUGAAGAAAAUCGAUGCUGCAGUACAAAUUCCUGACAUUCAAAAAACAUUCUUCUUUGUGGAAAACAAAUAUUGGAGUUAUGACGACUCUAUAGAAAGAAUGGAUCGGGGCAAUCCAAAAUUGAUAGAAGAUGAAUGGUAUGGCAUUGGUGACCAAGUGGAUGCUGCUUUUGAACACCAUGGUCUCAUUAAUUUCAUCACCGGAUACACAAUGUUUCGUUACGACUACAAUAAAAAAAGGGUCAUUGAGAUAGUGUAUGCAAAUUCAGAAAUUUGCAAGUAAUUAAUAUAUUUAUGCCAUUUAUUGAAAACUUCAAAAUUGUCAAGAUUCAAGAAUUCGAGAAGUUUCAAGAAUAUUCUUGUCAUUGAAUUGUGCUGUACUAACCCUGUUCAAGCUUCUGGGCUUACAUUUCACUUUGAUUCAGCUCUAACAACUUGAUUCAUUAGAAUUGCUGAAUAAUUUCAAAGACUACUUUCAUUUUUGUGGUUCUACUUUUAUUUGCUAUUCUUCAACAACUGCUGUAACAAUUUAAGAAAAUUAAAUCUCUUUUGCAUUCAAUGCA